GAAAACAGUCAUAAUAACUCCCAAUUACACAACAUAACUACCAUUUUCUCUGUGUUCAAACCCACGACGCAAUCCCCCCUCCAUCAGCAUCAUCGUAAUCAAUCAUUCAAAACAGCAACCAGCUUCACCUUCAAGCCACCGCUGCUCACAGAAAUGAAGUUACAAGAAUGAUGAAAGCACCAAUUUAUUCCUUGCUUUUGCCUAUUCUUACAGACAAACAAGAAAAAGAAGCAUAAUUAGUUAUCCAAUUCAAUUCAAUUAUCCUAUAACUUUUGAAUAUUCUUUACUUUACUUUUCUGGCCUGCCUUUCUCUGUUCAAUUCCCUUAACUAAAAUCAUAAUCCAAUAAAGUGUGCCAUAAAAAGGGACUUUCAUGUACUUGUUCUUAUCUUCUUUCUACCAUGAAUUCCCCCUUUUCUAUUUCUGCAGACACAAAGAACAGAUUAUAUUUGUACAAAGUCAUCAUAGGAUUGUCUCUAAUAUGUUUAACUUACUUCAUUGGAAGUGCUUUAAUUGCAGAGGAUUACAGAGAAAGAAUAUCAAGAUGGCCAAUGGAAGUGAUGGGCACUGCACAUAGUUCGAAAUCUAGUUUCUGCAGGAACCGAUGUAGGCCUCCAGGAAGUGAGGCAUUACCUGAGGGAGUUGUUGUCCAAACAUCCAACUUGGAAUUGCGACCAUUAUGGGAUUCCGUCUUAGUCAAGGAGAAGCUGAAGCCUUCUUUGAACUUGUUGGCAAUUGCAGUGGGAGUAAAGAAAAAGAAGAUAGUACAUAAAAUAGUUGAGAAGUUUCUUUCCAACGGUUUUGUCAUAAUGCUCUUUCAUUAUGAUGGCAUUGUGGAUCAAUGGAGUGAUUUUAAGUGGAAUAAUGAAGUGAUACAUGUUUCUGCUAAGAACCAAACAAAAUGGUGGUUUGCCAAGCGUUUUUUGCAUCCAGAUAUUGUGGCAGAGUAUGACUAUAUUUUCCUUUGGGAUGAGGACCUUGAUGUAGCAAAUUUCAAUCCACAAAGGUACAUCAACAUUAUAAAAAGUGAAGGACUAGAGAUAUCACAACCAGCACUUGAUCCUGUUAAAUCAGUGGUUCAUCAAUCUAUUACUGCUCGCAGGAAGAAUGAAAGAUUGCACAGGAGAUAUUACAAAUCAAAAGGAAGUGGAAGGUGUGACGAUAACAGCACAGCUCCGCCAUGCACAGGCUGGGUGGAAAUGAUGGCACCAGCCUUCUCAAAAGCAGCUUGGCAAUGUGUAUGGUACAUGGUCCAGAAUGAUCUGAUACAUGCUUGGGGCUUGGAUAGACAGCUUGGUUAUUGUGCACAGGGUGAUAGAACGAAGAAAGUUGGUGUUGUGGAUUCUGAGUACAUUGUUCAUCUUGGACUUCCCACACUUGGUGUCCUGGAAAGAAUCAAGGAAUCAUCUGAGACCCUAAGAGUUGAUAAUAGACCUGCUGUGAGGAAACAGUCAUUCAUCGAAAUGCAGGUGUUCAGUCAAAGAUGGAAUGAUGCAGUGAAGAAUUCCAAGUGUUGGAUUGAUAUAUACAAACAAACUGAUCAGCAAAGCAACUGAUUAAUCAAUUUUGAGUUACAUACUGGUCAUACAAUGACAGCCAUACAAAUCUACAAAUGUAUAUGUGUAGUUGUGCAGAACAAUCAAGCAUACCUUGGUCUUUACCGUUGCAAGAUUAUACAUACUUUUAUUGUGCCAUCCUUUCUCAGGCCGUGCGUUAUUUACAUACAUAUAAUCGGCCUUGUAUAUUAGAAUCUAAAUGGUCUACAGAGUUUAGGCGCUUGGCAUCUAGGAAUCCUUUUGUAAGCCAAGCUUAUUUAUGAUUCUUUAUUGAUUUCAAAGAUGUAAAUCAUAUUUUCCAUGUAUGAAAGAGAGAAUGUUUUCUUGCAA